GAUACAGCAAUAAAUGCUUUUAUCUCGUCCAUAGUAAAACUACAAUGGUUAACUCGCAACCAAAAGUUGGUUCGAUUCUUGAAAAAAGUAAUAAAUAAAAUAUUAAAAGUCAUUAUUAUUUCUGUGACUGAAUUAACGUUAGACAAAGAAAAAUUAAUAACCAAAUUUGAAUGAAAAAAUAUAGUGAAUAGAAAAUAAUCAUUUCGUUGUAUACGGUUGCAUAAACAAUAUCCGAUCGAAAAUAUGAUUGUAAUGCAACCUACAAGUAAUGCAAUCUAAGUACCUACGUUUGGCCAAAAUUGUUUAUGUAAACAUAUAUAAAUAUUACAUUGAUACAAUUUAAUAAUUCAUUAGUAUUAUAUUACACCCUACGAUGAAGGUUGUGUCGAUUUUGGUUUUUGUUUUCGCCACUUCAGUAGCGGGAGCUCCUACAAUAAUAACUUCAAUACCAACAUAUUCAGAUGAAGUGAAUCGACAAAUACUUCGGGACAAAAGGUCUAAAUAUGGACAUGGUUAUUACUCAUACGGAGCUGCAUCGUCACCGAUUGCAGCAUACACGCCAUAUCAAAUUGGUAUGCCUGUCCAAAGUUACUUAAACCCUUACACCUACGGCUAUCAAACGUUGACUCCCAGCUGUGGACGUGGAUAUUACAGAACCGAAGGCUAUCACAAUGACCAGGAGAUAAUGAGUUACUCGGACAAGGAACAUGAGCAUCAACCCCCAUCAAGGAACGCUAUGGAUCCAGCAGAAACAGCAUCGAUCAACCAAAUAACUCCGUUAAGUCCUUCAAGCAUGCCCAGCAUUGGUCAGCUGGUGAACCCCACAAGUGGACAAGCUUAUGGGGUGUUCUCCAAUGUUCAGAACGUCGGGUGCAAUGUGCCGCUGCUGUUCAGCUGUUCACCCUCUAUAGUGCCUCUAAGGAUGAGGCCAUCUCCGCAAAUGGGUUAUGGUUAUGGGCCAUAUGGAUACCGAGGUGUUGAGGAUAUAUCCUAUGAGCCUCAUCGAAGUUUCCACGAGGAACAUACUCAUGACAGUGAGGGUGCGGGCGUGAGCGCGGUUGAAGCAGAUCACGUGGGUGGACAUCAGUGAAAAUCUUAAUUUAAGCUAGGAGUAUAUUAAAAUAAAUGUAUUUUAUAAAAUAAACUCGUAUUAAGUAAA